AUUUUAUUUAAUCUAUUAUGGUAACACCUCAUAUAACUUCUGGAAAAUGUCACUGUGUACUUAUGAGAGAAUGAAAGUGAGAAUGGCUAAAAAUUUUCUAUUAUUAUAAAAAUAGUUUUGAGCUUGUAAGUACCAGAAAGGUACUUAGAAAGCCCUAGAGACCUCAAGACCAUACUUUGAAAAACACAUGGUAUGGUGAUUUCCCCUAAAGUAAAGAAGGACUACUUAGGAAAGUAAUGGAAGGGAAUGCCACAAUGUAAAUAUGCAUUGCAUUGUGAAAUAUUUCCAGUUCAUUUGAAUAUCUCAAAGAUUAAAAAAAUAAAGGCAUGAGCAAUAUUGCCUAUGAUGGAUCUCAGAACAAUAAUCUGUGUUAAGAGGCUUUCUCAAUUACGCUCUGGAAAAAAGUGAGUCUCUAAUGUUUGUAAAUUAACCACCUAUACCAUUACCUCCAGCACACUGAUAAGAGUCUUUCUGUUUCUACAGGACUUAGACAAGAGAUGGCCUUAAAGAAAGUGAGAUCCUUCUUAGGAAUUCAGUAACACUUGCCAGGAGAAUGCCUUCUAUCAAUGACACCCACUUCUAUCCCCGCUUCUUCUUCCUGCUAGGAAUACCAGGCCUGGAAACUUUGCACGUCUGGUUUGCUUUCCCAUUCUGUAUUGUGUACCUGAUUGCCAUUGUGGGGAAUAUGACCAUUCUUUUUGUGAUCAAAACUGAACACAGCCUACACCAGCCCAUGUUCUACUUCCUGGCCAUGUUGUCUGUGAUUGAUCUCGGUCUGUCCACAUCCACCAUCCCCAAAAUGCUAGGAAUCUUCUGGUUCAACCUCCAAGAGAUCAGCUUUGGGGGCUGCCUUCUUCAGAUGUUCUUUAUUCACAUGUUUACAGGCAUGGAGACUGUUCUGUUGGUUGUCAUGGCUUACGACCGCUUUGUUGCCAUCUGCAACCCUCUCCAGUACACCAUGAUCCUCACCAAUAAAAUCAUCAGUAUCCUAGCUUCUGUGGUUGUUGGAAGAAAUUUAGUUCUUGUAACUCCAUUUGUGUUUCUCAUUCUGCGUCUGCCAUUCUGUGGGCAUAACAUCAUACCUCACACAUACUGCGAGCACAUGGGUCUGGCCCGGUUGGCCUGUGCACCUAUCAAGAUCAACAUAAUCUAUGGGCUCGUGGUGAUUUCUUAUAUUAUUGUGGAUGUUAUCCUGAUUGCCUCUUCCUAUAUAUUUAUCCUUCGAGCUGUUUUUCGCCUUCCCUCUCAAGAUGCCCGACUAAAGGCCUUCAACACCUGUGGUUCCCAUGUCUGUGUUAUGCUGUGCUUUUACACACCAGCAUUUUUUUCUUUUAUGACCCAUCGUUUUGGCCAAAACAUUCCCCGCUAUAUCCAUAUUCUUUUGGCUAACCUUUAUGUGGUUGUCCCACCUGCCCUUAACCCUGUCAUUUAUGGAGUCAGGACCAAGCAAAUCCGAGAGCAGGUUGUGAAAAUAUUUGUACAGAGAGAAUAAUUCUGUGAUACAGUUUGGAUAAAUAUUUCCAUAUACAACCCAAAUAAUCAUCAUCUGAGCUCCAUUUUUUAACCUUCUGUAAUGGUCAUGCUUGUCAGAUUUUUUCAUUUUGACUAGCAGUGGUUUAGUGUUGACAGAUAACACAAAGCUAACUUUGCUGACCAUUUCUCCCACUUCCCUCCAUGUACCUGGAAAAAAGCUAGAGAUUAUAGAGAAGGCAACUAUGCUGAAGGUUGAGGUGGCUUUGGAGUAGAAUUGCUUGCAAACAAGGGUGAGAGGUAGCUCCAUUUUUUCCAUAUAUCUUCUCUUUAGGUGAAUUUAGAUCCUGAAGGAUACUGAUCAGAUAAAU